UUAGCUGCAAGUUGGAAGACAAUUCCAUGUGCUCUUCAUAAUCCAUAUCCCAACUCCAUUUGCCUCUUCACCACUCGAAAUACUUCAAGUAAGAAGAUCAUAGCAAUUCUCACCUAUAUAUGCACACACUAAUUUUCUUCUCUAAAUCACAAAUCCAGAUCUUUAUUCAGGGCUGAAAAUCAUCCGCUAAAACCAAAAAUCAAAAUAACCCACAAAAUCAAAAUCCUCAAGAUACAUACCAUGGGAUUCCGUUUGAUAAACAGCCCAAGGAAAUCAUCAUCGACUGUUCCAAAGGGGUUUUUGGCUGUCUACGUUGGAGAGACACAAAAGAGACGACAUGUGAUACCGAUUUCUUACUUGAAGCAUCCAUCGUUUCAAGAUUUGUUGAGUAAAGCUGAAGAAGAGUUCGGAUUCGAUCAUCCAAUGGGAGGAUUGACGAUCCCUUGUAAUGAAGAUGUAUUCUUGAAAGUCACUUCUCGCUUGGCCAAUUGUUGAAGAUGAGAAACUGAAAAAAAAAACACCCAAUAAUAGAUAGAAUAUGAAUGACAAUUUUGUACAGUAGAAAUUUCGAUUUGUUUCCUUCCUCCUCGUCUUUGAAGACGAUUUGCGAAAGGGAAAUUGUAGAUUCGUUUGAGAUGAGCAAUAAUCAAAUCAACACAAUGAUGAUUCGUCGUUCUGAUCA